AUGAAUUUAAUAAAACCAACAAGACUAUUGUUAUUAGGAGCUCCAGGAUCAGGUAAAGGUACCAUAUCCAAAAGACUACUAGAUAAUUUCAAACAAUUAAAAUCAAUUGCUUCUGGAGAUGUAUUAAGAUCACAAAUUUCUCAAAAAACUUCAAUAGGAUUAAAAGCUGAAUCAUAUUUAAAAUCAGGAAGUUUAGUACCUGAUUCAAUUAUGAUUAAUUUAAUAACAAAUCAAUUACAAAAUCAAAAUUUAUUACAUUCAAAUUCAAAUUGGUUAUUAGAUGGUUUUCCAAGAACUUUUAAUCAAGCAAAAGAAUUAAAUCAUGUAUUAGAUGAAAACCAAAGUAAUUUAAAUUUAGUUAUUGAAUUAAAUGUUGAUCAAAAUAUAAUAUUAAAAAGAAUAGAAUCAAGAUAUGUACAUUUACCAAGUGGAAGAAUUUAUAAUUUAGAUUAUAAUCCACCAAAAGUUCCAUUUAAAGAUGAUAUUACUGGAGAACCUUUAACUAAAAGAGAAGAUGAUACAGCAGAAGUAUUUUCAAAAAGAUUAAUUAAAUAUAAUGAAGAGAUUCAACCAAUGAGACAAUAUUUUCAAAAAUUAGGUAUAUGGCAUGAAGUUAGUGGAAAUACAAGUGAUAUAAUUUAUCCAAAAGUUGAAAAAUUAGUGAUUUCUGAUAUCUAA